UUUUUUAAGCACUGUGUCCUGCUUGUAUAAGUUUAAUAGUGUAUAGUUGUGCCAUUAUGCUACUCAUCCUCUUCAUCUGUCUGCAGUUUCUGGAGGUUCAACCUCAAAGUUUGCCUCAGGCCAAGCUUACAGUAUCUCCAGCAUCUGUUACUGAUGGAGAGAUGCAUUUUGUCUGUGAGGGGUUUAAGAGAAGAAGAGUAUCUGAAUGCAUGUUUUACCCAUCAGGACAAGAGAAUUUCACUAAGCCAAGUGCAUGUAAUAUCUCCAUCACCAUCUCUGACCUGAUCGCAUGGUCUAGAGAUCAUGAGAGUUCACAUGUGAACAUAGUAUGUUACUAUACUGUCUUUGAAUUACGAAAACACAUAACAUCACCUCAUUCUGAUAAAGUCUCAGUAAGGGUCAGAGGUUCGGCUGUCACACCAUCUGUGUCACCAAUCACUGAAAACAGAUCAACCAUAAUAUUUCCCAGCCAAACCUCUCAAGCAGCUUUGCCCACCGUGUUAACUCCAUUCACUAUGGACAUUACAACAUACACAUCCAGCCUUAAAACUCGUAACAGACAUGUUUUAAUGGAUCCUGCAUAUAAAGUCACUGAAACCAACAAGUACUUCAAUACAAAAAUGUUGUUCUCUGUUAUGGUGGCUUCAGCCGGUGGAGGUCUUGUUCUGGUUGGACUCAUGGUCAUCUGUAUGUACAGAUGUAAAAAAAGGCCUGUGGCAAAGAGAAUUUGGUUUGAAUCGGACAGUAUAAAACGCGGAGGAGAUUCCACACCAAUGGUCGGUUCAGGAUCUUGUAAAGAUAAUGAAGCAGUGUAUUACUCCUCUAUCGAUGUUUUACCAUCCACCGAUGAACUCUCAGGAAUCGGAGAUGAACAAUCAGAACAAACUGAGGUUGAUUUGAGUCAGCUGUACGCCACAGUUACCAAACCAGCCACCAAUGACAGAAGUGAUAUUUACAGCGUGCCAAUGCCCUGACAGAGCUCAGUUCUGCCUGCUAUCAUUGUAAUGUGUGCCAAAAUUAAUACAACUUUAUUUUAAACUGGAUGUAAUAAAUAUUCACUGUGAAUGCAGUUGUUUAUAAACACCGCUGUUAUACAUUUCGGUUCAAUAUUUUUUUAUUGAUUAUAUGAGACACAUGACUCUUAUAUUUUCUUGACCUUCCUCAUAAUACUUAAAAUCCCAACUUUCUUUUAUUUCGAUAAAAGUACUGCUUCUUAGUUUUUUUCAUCUCAUUUAUUUUUCCUGCAUUUCACUGUUCUUUACUUAAUAAUUAAUAAAGAAAUGUAUUUA